UGUUUUUAAUUGCCUCUAGCAUGUAAAAAGUAAAUUGCCUCGUGUUUGGUUGUGGCACUGUUUUUGUCCCUUUUUCUAUUUUUGAAAGCGCACCUUUAAGGUGCAGUCGUGCAGACUUCUGAUUCGAAAUUGACGCUAAGGUCUGACAGGCGCUCAGCAUGUACCAGGCUGCUUCAAAAGUUCUGCAGCCAGCAAGCGCGUGAUCCAAAGGAUGCUGAGGCAACUGUAGCACGAGCGAGCGGCUCUCUGCAUGCACACAAAUUAUUCAUAACUCUUUGAGCUGAGACAUCGGCGGUUUCUUGAAGGAGCUCCCUACUCCCCAAAACCAAAACAAAUAGUCCGUGAGAGAACAUGGUUAGUGAAAUACUGGUGAGUAAAAGGGCGAUGAAGGAAGGUAGUUUUGUCCCACGAUACGAGACGACGGCUUGAGCUCUCCUCCUCCUUUGAGGUGUGGUCUUAGCAGGAGCAUUCAAAACUAGGCAGCGCGCGAUGGAUAGCGCGAGAAAGCUCCAAGGAGCCUGAAGGCAACAUACCUGCCUGCUCCGCCAGGCACGCUGAAGUCAGCCAGGACGGACAACAACACAUCUUCAGCAUCCGUCACUUUACCAUCUUUACCUUCUCUGUUUUUUUUAAUCUCAUCUUGUUGAGAACAUCCCCAAUUUGAGAGAAAGAACAACAUGGGUGGUGUAACUGCAGAGAAGGCCCUGGAUGGAGGCUGGGGGUGGGUGGUUGUGGUCAGUGCCUUCAUGGCCCAGUUCCUGUCCUGGGGGUCGCCCACGGCCGUCGGGGUGCUGUACCCGGAAUGGCUGGCCACCUUCCAGGAGGGCAAAGGAAUGACCGCCUGGGUCGGAUCCAUGGUAUCCGGAAUCGCACUGCUCACAAGUCCCAUCUGCAGUGCGUGCGUGGAGAGCUUUGGCGCGCGGCCCGUGACCAUAUUCAGUGGCGUGAUGGUGGCGGGUGGCAUGAUGCUCAGCGCCUUCGCCCCCAACAUCUCCUUCCUCAUCUUCUCCUACGGGGUCGUAGUUGGUCUUGGCUGCGGUCUCGUCUAUGCUGCUACACUUACCAUCACCUGUCAAUAUUUUGACAAAAGACGUGGUCUUGCUCUCGGCAUCGUCACUACAGGUACGAGCGUGGGAGGCUUCCUGUACGCCACGCUGCAGAAUGAGCUGAUCAGCCUGUACGGCCUGGAGGGCUGCCUGCUCAUCGUGGGCGCGCUGUCCCUCAACCUGAUGGUGAGCGCCGGCCCCAUGCGGCCGCUCUACCUGCCCGGCUACUACCUGAAGCAGAGGGCGGCCCUCACGCACCACGAAGACGGCCCUCAGGACGAGAAGAAGGAGCUGGAGAAGGAGCUGGAGAAGGAGGAGAAGGAGGAGAAGGAGAAGGAGGCGCCCAUGUACGAGAAGCCCACCACCCUCAUCGUGGAGCGGGAGAGGGCGUCCAUCGCCAACGACGCCAUCCUCACCACGCCCGGCUCGGCCGACAAAGACAUCUCGGCGGCGGCCGCCGUCAAGGAGCUGCUCAUGGCCAUGGAUACCAAGGUGGUGCUGGACUACGACUCGGAGGCGGCCAGCGGAGCUCACCGUCGCCGCGCCAUGUUGUGCAGUGGCCGAGGCGGCGUCCUCUCCUGCUCGACGGUGGCGCGCGUCGUCAAGCGCCACCUCCGCCCGUACGCCGACUACCUGCACGAGACGGCCGAGUUCCUGCACGAGCGCGUCUUCGGCACGCUGUGCGUGGCCAUCUUCCUGUUUGCGCUGGGCGCCUUCCCGCCCGUGCUCUUCAUGGAGGACGUGGCGCUCAGCCAGGGCCUGAUCGAGGACGUCAGCGACAUCCCCCUGGUGUCCAUCGUGGCCAUCACGGCCGGCGCGGGGAAGCUGGUGCUGGGCGUGAUGGCCGACAUGCCCUGGGUCAACAGCGUCUUCCUGUACGCCGCCACGCUGCUGGGCGCCGGCGCCGCCCUGCUGCUCAUCCCCGUGUGCAACAGCUACGUGGGGCUGCAGGUGCUCUCGGCCGCCGUGGGCUUCUUCUCGGGCAACUGGUCGCUGUCGUCCUACAUCACCACGGAGAUCGUGGGGCUAGAGCGGCUGAGCCAGGCGCACGGCAUCCUCAUGUGCUUCGGAGGCUUCGGCAUCAUCCUCGGACCACCUGUCGUCGGCUGGUUCUUUGACUGGACCCAGUCGUAUGACUUGGCCUUCUACUUCAGUGGCACCUGUGUGGUGCUGGGGGGGGUGGUGCUCCUCCUGGCCUCACUGCCCUGCUGGGAUCGUAAACCGGCCAAACACGCUGCCAAUCAACCAGCCAGCCAAUCAGAGGAGGAUGCUGAGGCUGAGGCCCACUUAGAUGCCUCCGUGGUGUAGUGGGCGGAGCCUUUGACAACCUAAGCCACUCUAAACCCUAAAAACGUUUCCAUACCCGUUCCCUUUUCCGUACCCAUUCCCUGUUCCGUACCAGCUCCCAUUUCCUCUCGCCUGGCCAGUUCACCAUCACCCUUGUCGGUGCCAAAAACUAUUUCAGACAUUUCAAAUGAAAAUGCCUGCCUCUCUCUCUCUCUCUCUCUCUCUCUCUCUCUCUCUCUCUCUCUCUCUCUCUCUCUCUCUCUCUCUCUCUCUCUCUCUCUCUCCCUUGGAUUUCAAAACCUUCUCUGGGUUUUUCUUAAGACUUUGGAACAUUUUUAGAACAGAAACUUUUACUCUGCUUCUAUCAGAAGAGAUUUUCUGUCUUGUUUCCUUCAGAUUUCAUUUAAAUCAAGCACAUAGGAUUACCUGAUUGCCUGCUUUCACACACAAAACAGAAGCCACAGGUCUUACAAUCAAUACCUUUUCUAUCUCUUUGAAUGUGUUUUGUAUCCUUACGCUGGAUCGCUCUACUUCGAGAGAAAAAGGAAAAAAAGGUUUCUUUGUUCUCUGAUGACCUUUUUAUGGCCUCGUUUUAUGGGGUCCGAGUUUGAAAAAAAAUAAUAUAUUUUUAAUAAUAACUUACUACUAACGUAGAUGUUUACUGAAUAGACUGAAUGAUGAGUCGACCGUUUCAUGUGAUCUGAAAUGGUUGCUAGCUUUUUGAACAGCAAUCACUAAGCACAACGCAAAAACGAAGCCUGUAGUUGACAGCACUGAUUGUUUGGAAAUGCAACGAGCACCUCGCUCAAGUGCAUGUAGUUUAUACUGUAUAUAUGCACAUGGUUUAUAAAACAUGCAAAAAAUGCUAAGCACAAACCCCUCCAAAAGUCUCUGCACAAACUAUGGACAGUAGCAGCCAUUGUUAACAGUAGCCAUUGGUAACAGCAACCACUGGUAACAGUAGCCAUUGGUAACAGUAGCGGGGGGAUGCGCUUUGCCCAACCUCUCCAUCACCUUCUUAAGACCAGAGGUGAUAUUAAAUUCUUCUCUUGGGCCCAUAAGCAACAAUACAACAACUGUAGCCUACUAUACAUGGGUUCACCAAGUUAAGACACUGGCAGCCAACCACGUGAGCUCAUUUUGUUUACAGACAGCGGUUUCCAACUAUCAGAGAUUGAGUUGUGCGCAGCUGGUGUCGCGCAACCAGUUGAAAACAAAAUGUAGAACCCAUGUAUACUACAGUACAUUGCUACAACCAUACGUUUAGGCUUUUGGGGCCCUGGGGGCCCUGGCCUGCAGUGGUUUGGGGGCCCCUGAGAAUUUUCCCAUGCUGCCUGUUGACAAGCUACUCCUCUGCUUAAGAAGCACAAAUUCCUUUCUGCCUGUCUUUCAAAAUGGCCUUUCGCUCUCUCUCGAUCUUGCACAAUUCCUCCUCUAGCACACUUGCACUGGUCCCUUGCUCCCGUUCUGCCUUCUCUUUCUGAUGCCAAAGCUGUAGAGCCUUGUGUUGGGCUCUUAAAGGCCACUGCGCUUCACAUCUGUAACGAUAACUGUAGUGAUAUUAAGUUGUGAAAAUGGUUAUGGGCCUACCUCUAAUCAAUGGUGCUGUUUGCAUAUAAACUAUAAAGACAGCGUCAUGCUGAUUUAUAUAAUUGGGAUCACUUUCAAAGUGAUUUUUCUGAACUGUAAAACAUGCCAGUCAGAGUGCUUUAGAAUGUAUGGGCAUCACACCUUCUGCUCGCUGAUGUUCACGAUAAACAGGCGUUAUCGUAGGCAGUGUGAACGGAAAUAUCUUAUAUCAGUUAUAGUUAUCUUUAUAGUAGUUAUCGUUGUAAAUGUGAACGGGCCAUUACCCCCUUACCUAGGCUAUAUAACCAAGCACACCAGCCUUGUCCUGUUGUCUUUUGCUUUAUACUGUAGGCCUGUCGAUAGCUGUACUGUGUUGAGGACUAAAAUACAAAGCUGGUUCAGGAGUAAACCAGGGGUCCGUUUUUCGAUUCUUGUCGUUGCUAACCGUCUUAAGACUGUCUUAAGACCGUCUUACCAUUCCCUUGGAUUUAGUGGUGAGCGUCGCUGUCGAGAGAGAGUUGAGUCGCUCUUACGAAGGACUUUGCUAACGACGAUAGCAAAGACGCUUUCAAGAAACGGACCCCAGGUUAAGAUAAGAGGUAAAUCAUUUAAAGAAAAAGGGGACUAUAGGCCUACAGCCUCUUCUAUUAGAUGAUUUACCUCUUAACUUAACCUGGUUUACCCCUGAACCAGCUUUGUAGUAUGCCCUUGGUCUCCUGGUCUUGUCACGAGACCGUCCGUUUAUGCAGGCCUGAUGAUCUCACGAGGGUUGAGCCGGAGAUCAAACACUACACAAAACAUAAGCUGUACAAUACAACAAAGACAAAGAGAAAAAAGGGAGAUAGACUCUCCGUACUGUACACUCAAGCCACGAUGCUGUUUCUACUUUUUAAAGGAAGUAUUCCUCAGCUAUGCAGGAAUAUGCUCAUUUUUUAUUAUUAUUAUUACUAUCAUUAAUGAUAUGCACUGAACUAGUGAAUGAAAACGCACAGCAGACACAAAUAUAAAUGUUUUUUUUCUGGUGACGGUUUUGACACAGGAGACUGUUGUCAUGGUUUUGAUUUAGCGUUGCUUCAAACUGCUGCCUUAGCCGACCUGUGUGUCACCAGAGGAGAGCUGCCAGCCUGCUGCAGUCUCCCGGGUGAUCAUGUGACAUCUUUGUUUGUAACCAAAGCAACCGUUCAGGGGGAUGCUCCCUGAAGCGAUUGGUCCUUUUUUUGUUUUGUUUUAUUAUUAUUAUUUUAUUCUAUUUUAUUUUAUUUUAUUUUAUUGACAGGGUGAAGAUUGUCAAUGUGACAUCCAAAAAAAACACAACAGCAAUGCUGUUUUCUUACACUGUCUUAUUUUUUAUAAUGUGUUUUAUGUUGGCCGUCUGUAUUUCUUAGUGUCAGUGUUACAAUAUUUAUGUUUUGCUAUGUACAGUUGUUUUUAUUUUGUAUAUGUAUACAUGAUGCAAUAAUAAAAUAUUAAUUG